GGACGGUUCCUACUGCGGCUGGGCACCGGCUGGGCUCCCGCGUCGGCCCCGCGUUUCAAGCUUGCGCCUGGCUCAACCUCAACCCAGCUCGGCCCGGCCCCGGUCUCGGAACGAAGGCGCCGCUGCCGCUGGGCCUCUCGCAGGGCCAUGAAGAAGCCGCGGCAGUCACUGCGGCCCUCGUCAAGGUGACCAGCCCGGACUACAGUGGACCUCUCAGGCAGGUUAUGUCACCAGCAGAGGUAGCGCCGAAGUUCCCUGCGGCCUGGAGACUAUGUACAAGAGGAAUGGUCUGAUGGCUAGCGUGUUGGUCACCUCUGCCACUCCACAGGGCAGCAGCAGCUCCGACUCGCUGGAGGGCCAGAGCUGUGACCAUGCCAGCAAGAGCUACGAUGCUGUCGUCUUCGACGUUCUGAAAGUGACUCCCGAGGAGUUUGCCAGUCAGAUCACAUUGAUGGACAUCCCCGUGUUCAAAGCCAUCCAGCCAGAGGAAUUGGCCAGCUGCGGAUGGAGUAAAAAGGAGAAACACAGUCUUGCCCCCAAUGUCGUGGCCUUUACUCGGAGGUUCAACCAGGUCAGUUUUUGGGUCGUACGAGAAAUUCUAACAGCACAGACUUUAAAAAUAAGGGCAGAAAUCCUGAGCCAUUUUGUGAAAAUAGCCAAGAAACUUCUAGAACUCAACAACCUUCAUUCUCUCAUGUCUGUGGUGUCAGCAUUACAAAGUGCUCCCAUCUUCAGGCUGACAAAAACCUGGGCUCUUUUAAAUCGCAAAGACAAGACCACUUUUGAGAAACUGGACUACCUGAUGUCAAAAGAAGACAACUACAAGCGAACUCGGGACUACAUCCGAAGUCUGAAGAUGGUGCCCAGCAUUCCUUAUCUAGGAAUCUACCUUCUGGACUUGAUCUACAUUGAUUCUGCAUACCCUGCCUCUGGCAGCAUCAUGGAAAACGAACAAAGAUCCAACCAGAUGAACAACAUCCUCCGAAUCAUUGCCGAUUUACAAGUUUCCUGCAGCUAUGAUCACCUCACUACCCUGCCACACGUGCAAAAGUACCUGAAGUCUGUGCGCUACAUUGAGGAGCUCCAGAAGUUUGUAGAAGACGAUAAUUACAAGUUGUCACUCAGAAUCGAACCAGGAAGCAGCUCUCCAAGACUAGUCUCUUCCAAGGAAGAUCUUGCAGGCCCCUCUGCCGGCUCCAGCUCAGCCAGGUUCCGCCGGAGGCCCACCUGUCCAGAUGCAUCUGUGGCCGGCAGCCUCCCCACACCGCCAGUCCCCAGACACAGGAAGAGCCACAGUCUGGGCAACAAUCUGAUGUGUCAGUUGAGUGUAGUUGACAGUAAGAGUGCCACAUUCCCAUCGGAGAAGGCCAGGCAUCUGCUGGACGACAGUGUCCUAGAGUCCCGCAGCCCCCGCAGGGGCCUCACCCACACCUCCUCCACCGCCAUCACCAACGGACUCUCCCUAGGCAGUAGUGAGAGCUCAGAGUUUAGUGAAGAAAUGUCUGCAGGGCUGGAAAGCAGGGGACGUCUUUAUGCCACGCUGGGGCCUAACUGGCGGGUUCCAGUUCGGAAUUCUCCCAGAACUCGGAGCUGUGUCUACAGCCCCACGAGCUCUUGCACCUGUACUGUGGGAAGCUCAGCCACUGUGCCCACUAUGGAGGGGCCUCUGAGACGGAAAACCCUGCUCAAGGAAGGCCGGAAGCCUGCACUGCCCUCGUGGACCAGGUACUGGGUUGUACUCUCAGGAUCCACCCUCCUUUACUAUGGAGCCAAGUCCUUGCGGGGCACAGACAGAAAACAUUAUAAAUCUACACCUGGCAAGAAGGUCUCCAUCGUAGGCUGGAUGGUGCAGCUGCCUGAUGACCCCGAGCACCCAGACAUCUUCCAGCUGAAUAACCCUGACAAAGGCAAUGUUUACAAGUUCCAGACGGGCUCCCGUUUUCAUGCGAUACUGUGGCACAAGCAUUUGGAUGAUGCGUGUAAAAGCAACAGGCCUCAGGUACCCGCAAACCUUAUGUCAUUUGAAUGAGUAUCUGCAGGACUUGGCGUGACAGCAAAGGCUUCUGAGAGCCUAGACUAGGUCUGGCGGAGGAGAGCAGCUCUGGGCGUAAGCUGUGGGCCAAGGCACUGGAGUCUCAUAGCUGGACUCAAGGAAUAUGGCUGUGGCCUCACAGUCCUGGAUGGCUCCCCAGUGUGAGAUCCACCUAUCAACCCACAGCAACUCUCAUGAAUCAUCCUGCAGCAGCACCCCACCAGGUGGUUGUCAGACCCCAAACUGUACACCUCUCUGGACCAUCGUCUGUUCACCAGCUGCUUCUGCAUCAGGGGAGCAUUUGACCCAUGUUGGGUUCUCCGUGCUUCGUGCUGCACACAGAGUAGAUGGUGGUAAUCUUCAAGAGGGCUGGGGAGCAGAGAUGGGCUGCUGGGCAGGCUUGCUACACCCCAAGUGCACAGGCCACUCACCCACAGGGCCGCCUCAGAUUUUGUAUACCCCAAAAGCAUCCUCUGCGUAUGCGUGUGUGUGUGUGUGUGUGUGUGUGU